AUGUCGAGAUGUAUCGCAAUUGGUUGCGAGAAGGAGCAGUUGCUGAUUUCGGGCGGUCCACUGGAAGCCGAAUGCAGUAAGAUUGACAGCGGUUCAGGCAUAAAGAUUAGAGAAGGCAAGACACAACCAUGCCAAGGAAGCGUGGCACAGCGUCUAGAGGAGCGGCGGAAGGGAGGUGAAGAUGUGACAGAGGUAGAGGGAAAGGGUGGAGCGAGACAGGAAGGUGGCGGAAGAGAUGGAAGGUGGUAUGGUGUGGGUAGAAGGGGAAGGCGAGGAAGGAAUGUCAAGGUUGAGACUCGAGGCUUGCUAAAUGCGGAAUGGGAGCCAUCAAUAGCGUGUGGAGCAGGAGAACGGAAGAUCGAAGCACAGAAGACGAGGCUGAGAGGCUUAAUGAGCAGUCGUUGGAAGUUGUGA